CUUUCUUAGGGUUUGUUGAUUUCUGAGUUCAAAUCUUUGCUCUCUCCUUUCACGCUUUCUUCCCACUUCCCCCCUCUCAAACUGGUUAAAUUGAAGAUUUUAGCGGUUAUUUUUCUAGGGUUUUAGCUACUUCGGCUGAAUUUCGGAAAUUAGGAUUUCAAGGUUUCGGGAUUUAUUCCCCUAGGUUUUUUUUUUCUUGUAAGGAAAAUAGGAGAUUUCAAAUUCGAGUGGCUACCCAGUUCAAGGUUUUCCAAUUUUUGGAUUAAUUUCUGCAAGAAAACGCUGAGAGAAAGAAACCCAGAGUUCAAUUCAAAAUCUCUUUUUCUUCUUUUGCUGCCCUUUUCUUCGGGCUUCUUUUUUAUUUAUCUCAGUUUUUGAUACUGUGGUCAAGGGAAUAAAAGAAACAAAGAACAAUGGCCUCGUAUAGGCCAUUCCCUCAAUCCUUUCCUCCACCACCAGCACCACCACCAAAUCAAAAUCCUCUUCCACCCCAACAACAUUAUGAUCAAAAUUACAAUCAGAUGAAUCUGAAACCGAAUUACCAUUACCCUCCUUCAAGACUACCGCCACAACAACAGCAGCAACCACCGCCUCCACAGCAGCAAUAUUCAUAUCCACCUCCCCCACCCCCUCCUUUGCCUACAAUGACACAAAAUACCUUAAACUCACAUCCAGCAAUGUACUAUCCACCUUCACAGUAUAGCAAUCCAGCAAUGCAGCCACCUCCUCCGCCACCUCCCCCAAGUUCUCCUGGUUCUUCAAUCCCUCCACCACCUCCUCCAAGUUCUCCUCCACCGCCUCCUCCAAAGGAGAGUGCUGCGGACAAGAGGUUGACUGAACGCGGUAAAUAUGAGCAUAGGGAUUUUUCAGGUUCUGGACGGCGUGAACAUGAUCAUUCUAAUCACGGGAUUGGAAGUAGAGAGCACAAACCAAUUAUGCCUCCUUCAAAGAAGCCUAAUGGACCUGCAGGAAGGGUGGAGACGGAGGAAGAAAGAAGGUUGAGGAAGAAGAGGGAGUUUGAGAAGCAAAGGCAAAAGGAAAAGCAUAGACAGCAGAUGAAGGAAUCGCAGAAGGCCCAAAUGAUGCCUUCCUCCAAAGGGCAUGGUUCGAUGAUAGGCUUUCUGAUGGGAGAUAGGAGAGCUACACCGUUUCUGAGUGGUGAGAGGAUUGAGAAUAGAUUAAAGAAGCCAACUACAUUCUUAUGCAAGUUGAAAUUCCGGAACGAACUUCCUGAUCCAAGUGCACAACCUAAACUUAUGGCCUUGAAUAAUGAUAAAGAUAGGUUUACAAAGUACACCAUCACUUCUCUGGAGAAAAUGUACAAGCCUAAACUUUUUGUUGAGCCAGAUCUCGGGAUACCACUUGAUUUGCUUGACCUCAGUGUAUACAAUACUCCUAGUGUAAGACCACCUCUUGCCCCAGAAGAUGAGGAACUCUUGCGUGAUGAUGUAACUUUAACCCCUGUAAAGAAAGAUGGCAUAAGACGAAAAGAAAGACCGACUGACAAAGGUGUUUCUUGGCUUGUUAAAACACAGUACAUUUCUCCUCUUAGUAUGGAAUCAACAAAACACUCUUUGACUGAAAAGCAAGCUAAAGAACUGCGAGAACUUAAGGGAGGCCACAAUCUUUUGGAGAACCUUAACAAUAGGGAAAGACAAAUAAAAGAAAUUGAGGCAUCUUUUGAGGCAUCCAAGUUACGUCCUGUCCAUGCAACCAAUAAAAACUUAGAACCGGUCGAAGUUACGCCUCUCUUACCAGAUUUUGAUAGGUACGAUGAUCAGUUUGUUAUGGUGGCAUUUGAUGGUGCUCCAACAGCUGACUCAGAAAUCUUCAGCAAGCUGCAUAGCUCUGUUCGUGAUGAGCAUGAAUCAAGGGCCAUUAUGAAAAGUUAUGCGGCACCAAGCUUGGAUCCGGCCAAUCCAGAGAAAUUUUUGGCAUACAUGGUGCCUUCUGUUGAUGAGCUUUCGAAGGAUAUGUAUGAUGAGCACGAAGAUAUCUCAUAUUCUUGGGUUCGCGAAUACCAUUGGGAUGUACGGGGUGAUGAUGCAAAUGACCCAACAACAUACCUUGUUUCAUUCAAUGAAGGAGAAGCUCGCUAUGUGGCUCUUCCGACGAAGCUUAAUUUAAGAAAAAAGAGGGUCAGAGAGGGAAGAUCCGGCGAUGAGAUUGAACAUUUCCCUAUACCUUCUAGAAUUACUGCAAGGAGGAGAUCAACAGUUGCUGCGAUAGAACUGAAAGAGCCAGAGGUUUAUUCCAACAUGAGGUAUGGUAUUUCGAGCUCGAAGAUAGGAAGGUUGGAUGCCGAAGAUGGGUUUGGGGGGAGGCCACGGAAGCUUUCGCGACAUCAAGAUGUCGACCAGUACAGUGGGGGUGAGGAUGAUUUCUCUGAGUGAUGCUUAAAAUGAAUGGUAAGCCUUUUAGAACAUUUUGAGUUAUUUAA